AUGUUUGAGCCCCCUCAGCUUCUCCUGGACACCUGGGUUCUUUUCCUCUCAGACAUGAGGCUGGUGAAACUAAUGCAUAGCCUGCUCCUCUUCUCUCUUGCAUUGCCCGUCGUCCUACUGGGCCUGAUGGGAAACUUGGGCCUGGUGGUUCUGAUCCGGGCUGAGGGCUCGCUCCACACUCCCAUGUACUACUUCCUCAGCCACCUGGCGCUGCUGGACCUCUGCUCCUGCUGCACCGUGGGUCCCGUCAUGCUGCAGGGCCUGAUGGCUGGCUGGGUCACUCUUCCCAGCCUGGCCUGCGCUCUCCAAAUGUUCCUCUUUGCUGCUGCCGCGGACGCGGAGUGCUGCCUGCUGGCUGCCAUGGCCUACGAUCGCUACGCCCUCCCCCCCCGGGCGCCCUGCCCCCCCCGCCUCUGCCUGGGGAUGGUGCUGGGCUCUUACAUGGCGGGAGUGGCCAGUGGGGCCGUGCACACCAGCCUGGCCUUCCGCCUGCCCCUCUGCCAUAGCCGCAUCCUCAACAGCUUCUUCUGUGACAUCCCACCUGUGCUGGCCCUGGCUUGUGCUGACACCAGCCUUAACCAGGCCCUGCUGCUGGCCAUUUGUGGCACCAUCCAGAGCAUCACCUUGCUGGCCAUUCUGGCAUCCUAUGGUCUCAUCUUGGGGGCUGUGGGACAGGUGGGCUUGUGCCGGGCUGCAUCCACCUGCAGCUCCCACCUGGCAGCUGUGGCUGUGCUCUAUGGGACACUCAUCUUCAUGUACCUGCGGCCCGAAGGCAGCUACUCCGCGCAGGCCGACAAGAUGGCCGCCGCUUUCUACACCGUGGCCAUCCCCACCCUCAACCCCGUCAUCUACAGCCUUCGCAACACCGAUGUCAAGGGGGCCCUAGCUAAGCAGCUCUUGGGCAGGCGCCACAUGUGGGGGAACUGA